UUCGCCCGCUUCCGGUCGUCGUCGUCGUCGCCGCUGCUGCCGCUGCUGCUGCUGCUGAGGCUGCAGGCAGAGGCCGGAGGAUCGGGCGGCGGCGGCGGCGGCGGCUGAGAGGGCGGCGGCGGGAGCAGAGCGGGACAAGGGAGCGAGAGGAAGCGAGCAAGGAGCGAGCGGAGAGCACCCUUCCGCCCGCCUGAGGAGCCGGAGCAGCCCGGGCCCCGCCGCCGCCGCCGCCGCCGCCACCGCCACCGCCACCGCCACCGCCACCGCCCCCCGCCUUCCCGCCGGACAAAGCCGAGCCCGCGCCCAGAGCCAUGUCCUCGUCCGCCGGCAGCGGACACCAGCCCAGCCAGAGCCGCGCCAUCCCCACCCGCACCGUGCCCAUCAGCGACGCCGCGCAGCUACCUCAUGACUAUUGCACCACGCCCGGGGGGACGCUCUUCUCCACCACGCCGGGAGGAACCCGAAUCAUUUAUGAUCGAAAGUUUCUGUUGGAUCGCCGCAAUUCUCCCAUGGCUCAGACCCCACCCUGCCAUCUGCCCAAUAUCCCAGGAGUCACUAGCCCUGGCACCUUAAUUGAAGACUCCAAAGUAGAAGUAAACAAUUUGAACAACUUGAACAAUCAUGACAGGAAGCAUGCAGUUGGGGAUGAUGCUCAGUUUGAGAUGGACAUCUGACUCUCCUGCAAGGAUCAGAAGAAAAGCAGCAACGCCGAUACCUGUGUGUACCUGAUUUGGCCAAUAGGAUCAACAAUGAAAAAACAGAAGAGGCAGUACCAGCAGUCUUCAUUGCGGUCUCCACCUUCCCCUUUUCCUUUGGGUGCCAAAUAGUGGGAAGAAGAGCUUCAUCUGACCAUAUUUCCUCUCCCUGUUUUCUGUUCUUCUUCCAAGUUAAACAGAUUAGAUUGAUUGAAGGCCCUUGGUGUAUUUCUGUAGAGCUAAGCAGCUCAUAGAGGAAAACGGUUAAAUUCUGGCUUCUCUGAUCAUUUUUCUAUUGAGAACCACCUCUUGCCCCCUCAAAUGUAUCCCAAAUCAAGUGUCAAUCUACCAACAACUGCCUGACUGGGAAGUCUGGGGAAGGAAUAAGAGGUUUGGUGGGUUCAGCAUUGUUCAAUUUUUUAUCCUCUUUCUCUCCUCCCUUUAUCCCACCUGUGGUUAAAUGCUGCAAGAGUAUGUAUUUGGAGUCUUUAAAACCAUUGGGGGAAAUGAUAAACAGAAUGAGUUGCUUUCCCUUUUACCUUGAGGUAUUUGUCCUUAAGGACAGAGCAUAGUUUGUGCAACUCUGGUAGCAUUUCCCUAUGACACCAUUUUGAGGUCUGCUUCCCCUCUUUCCUCUGGGAGGAAUGUUUUCUGUCUUUGGUAUUAUAGUUUAUCUUCCCAUUCCUUUACUUAGCAUGUUUGUGCAGAUAUUUUUAUUUUAUUUAAUGUUUUUGGUAUCUGGCUGACACAGGGAUCCGUCAGCACCACGCUCACCCAGUGAGCGAACCGGCCAUCCGUAUAUGGGAUCCGAACCUGGGGCCUUGGUGUUAUUAGCACCGCACUCUCCCGAGUGAGCCACGGGCCGGCCCCUGGCACAGGGAUCCGAACCCUUGACCUUGGUGUUAUCAGCACCAUGCUCUAACUAACUGAGCUAAUCGGCCAGCCCCUGUACAGGUAUUUCUAAACUCUCUACAUUAGAAGGGAGCCCUCAGUAACCAGCUAUUCUUUGCUGUUCUUCUACCAUUCCUCCCCGUUUGCAUCUUGUUGCUGGCAGAGUCCUCUUGUACUCUGAGAUAUCCAGGGGAUUUUGUCUGCUCCCAGAGUAGGUUCAUACUGAGUAAUAUACACACUUCAGCCUCCACUUGGUGAAUAAGGCCUGAUCAUAGCAUUCUGCCAGAUAAUACCUAAGAAUGACCUCUGAAGAGCGUUGAUCCAUUUGAGUACCCAGUCUCAGUAGUCAUUGUUUUUAAAUUUAGUGAACAUUGUGAUAUUUGUUGUUUCAGAUUGUAGUUUCUUCUAUUUUGAUUUUAAAGUUGACUUUCAGAAUGUUCUUGGAAAAGAACUGCAUUUUUUUCCUUUGUGGAUCUGCUUUGUUCGGCUGCUGGGAUAGAUAAACAUAGGCUUAAAAAUGUGUCCUUCCCAGUUUUCUUGCCUUUCCCAUUGUACUAUGAAUUUUCCCUUUCUUUUCUUCUCUCCUUCCAUCUCUCCGUCCUUUUCUUCCUUUUUCUCUGCCAGGCCAUUUUUCAAAUUUAUAUCAAAGAUAAACUCACGUGUUGGUAUCUGAUAAUAUCUGUCAGUCCUCUUAUCUGAGGAGUGACUUUUUAUUUUUAAGAUGACUACAGACCUAUUUUUAGAUAUGUUUUCAGUACAAUUUUGAACAGCAACUUUUUAAUUAAACAUCUUCCAGUGUUAGGAAAGUGAGAAAUGUCCGUAGACAGGUCUGCUGUUCUGUGUCACCAUCUUUUGUCUCCCCAACUCCUUCCCCCUCUAGUUUUGGGUGUGCAUGUUUGGAGUUUGUAGUGGGUGGUUUAUAAAACUGGACCAUUCUGCCUUGCUAUGCAUUUUAUGAAAGCCUCUUUCUUAUCCCUUACCCCUUUGCUUUUUCCUUUGCCCUUCUGCACACCCCACUCUCCUGGAACUAUUGACUGGCACAAUAAUCCCGGGAAAGUGACUCACCUAGUAGAAAGACUAAUGCAUUCAUCCCUCAUAGAAAGACAAGUAAAGUAGUCUCUGGCGUCCUGGGAAUUUCUGGUUGGAUUUGGUGUCCCAAACCCUCUCAUUAAGAGAUCAGAUCCCAGGAUGAGAGGAACAGGCCAAUUGGCUAAGAAAAAAAGCUGUUUGUUUUUCUUUUGAACUAUGAAAAAGACCCUGUUUGUGAAUACAUUUCAGAAAAAGGAGAGGAAGGAUGUCUGUGGAACUUUGUUGUUUUCUGCUACAAAAUGUGAAUAGUUCAAAGAGUGAAAAUCUUUUGUGAUGGUUGAUGUCUCAGGAAUAAGCUGGAUCUCCAAUGUUUUGGGGAUGCUUUGAGUCAAAAAUCGAUAAUCAGAAAAAUGUUUGUUUGUUUAAUGUAUCCCUGUUCUGAUUUUAAUUAAACUCCAAAUUUUGCUUUAUAAACUCUUGGGAAAACUUAAGUUGCACUGUAAUUUUCCUAAAAAGCUUGUUCAGGACCUCUUUUUACCUUGGGGAGUUUGAUUCUUUGGGAGUGAAGCUUUUUAGUCUUCAUGCACUGUCCUUGGCAUCCUGUGGAAUCUGACGCCAAAGAGCAGCUAGUCAGUCUAUCAGUGAGCAGAAGAGUGUAUGUAUGAAAACUUGGCUUCCUCACUGAACAAUGAGGAAUGGAUUUAAAACAUGGGAGCUUGAGUAGUAUCAAGAUACCAUUUUACCUUUUUGUUCCAUCUUGGGGAACUUCUGCACGGCCUUCUAAUCACAGGAUGUUUCUAGUUAUUUCCUGGUAGUGUCAGCUGUAUAAUACAGCAGCUGCCCAAUCCCUUACUCUUUGCAAGGACCUCCUUACUGCUUGGUGCAGUUCUUUUCUGGAGGUCACUGUUACUAGAGGUAAUCAGCAUUUUAAAAAUAAUUUCACAAAGCAAGAGAUAAACUUCCAACAGAUGACACCUUUGUGUCAUGCCUCGCAGAGUUGUUUUCAGAGCAAGCCAGAAUCCAGUAGGUGGUUUACCCUUGGAUAUUUGGAAGGAACCUCGUAGAAGAGAAGCCCCAAAUGAAUAUUGCAUCCUGUCUUUUUCUUGGGAAGGAACACCUUUAGUUAACCAUUUGAGUAAGUCUGUUCUUAAAAUCUUAGUGACUAUUUGCAGUUUUUUUUAUGAGUAAAUCAUGUUUCUUUGCUGCUGGAGACAAUAAGUUUUAAUGAGAGAUGAUCUCCCUCCAUAUUACAGCAGGAGACACACAUUGUCAUGGUUCUCCCUUCUUUAUAGUAUGGUUUAUUGAGUUUACCGUGUCCUAUAUUCUGUUUAAAUAGGUAUAAUGUUCUCAAGAGCACAGUUGUAGAGAAGCUAGCUUCCAGGAAUUGGGCUUCCAAGCCAAGAGUUCUGUCCUUCCACCUGUAUUAGUUAUCUAUUGCUAUGUAACAAAUUACCCCCAAAUUUAAUAUCUUAAAAUAGCAAGCUAUCUGUCAGUUGCUGUGGGUUAGGAAUUUGGGAGCACUUAGCAUGAUGGUUCCAACAUGGGGUAUCAUAAAGUCGGUCUGAUGUGGGCAGCGGCUUCUGUCAUUUGGAGCUGGAGAAUCCCCUUCAGGCUUCCUCUUUGUGGCUAUAGGCAGGAUGCCUCCGUUUCUCCCUACAUGGGUAUCUCCAUAGGGUAGCAUGAGUGUCUUCACAUGAUGGUAGCUGGCUCCCUCUGAGCAACUUAUAGAAAGGGGUGCAAGGCGAGGAGAAAGCUGCAGUGCCUUUUAUGACAUUGUCUCUGAAAGUACACACCAUCACUUAACUCUGUUCUUUGGAAGCAAGCCACUUAGCCCAGACUAUGUUCAAGGAGAGGAAUUACAUCUCCUCCCCUCUUGAAUGGAGCAGUAUCAAAGAAUUUGUGGACAUAUCUUAAAACCACCACAUCCCCAACAAAAGAUGAAAACAGAUGAAUAGGGAGGUAGGUUUAAUCUAGGUGAUAUGCUGAGAGAUAUAUUGCUACCAAAACCAAUUCUCUAUGAUGUGCAUCACUAGACUGAGAGAGAAGAUGGACUUUCUCCCUUUCCCCCAAGCUACCUGAUGGUUUUAAGAGGGGUAACAGAAAUGGAAAUUUCCAGAAGUAUAUCUAUACAUCUGCCUGACUACUAGCAGCUAAAAGGAUGCUUAUUUACAAGUCCUAGACUUGGUGUCUCUAAGACUCAAUUACCACUUUUAAUUUCUUGACAAAGAAAUGGAAUUGUGGACUUCCAGCUGAGCCACUAAAGCUGUAUUAAUUGGAGUGGGGAUUGUCAAGCAAAGGGAGCAAACGUGAACUAGAUGUUAGGUUGUUGAGCUGAAGACAAGAAAGCAGUUUAGAUUCAGGGUGAAAUAGAUUUUCAUGAAGCCAGGUCCCCACAGAGUCAGUGCUUGGUGCCUGGUCUCAGCUACAUCAGCAUAAACAAUCUUGGGUCAGGUUUCUUCCCUAAGAAGCAACUUCUCAAUAAAAUAGGAAACACCUGAGAAUUACAAGUGCCUGUCUGUUUGACUGCUCCUUUAAAUCCAGUGUGCAGUUACCUCUGUGUGCCCAUCUUGUCCUGGACUUCUCUAUGGAAAUGUGUUCUUAAGGAGAACCAGUCUUGUCUUCACCCGUCAGUUCAACACAUUUUUAGUGAAUGGCUGCUGUGGGUUUCUGACACCCAUUCCCGAUUUCAGACAUCGUAAAGAUGCAAAUUCUUGUUUGAGUUUAAGCUCUGCCCCUUCCCAGUAUUUUCAUAUCAGUAGCCUUGCUUGCUUUAGAGUAUAAUUGAAGAAGUAUUGCUGCUGAGGCAGCUAUAAGAAAAGGGUACUUCUUCCAGAAGUAAAGAAUUCAUCUUUAAAGGACCUUGUUUUUCCUUCUGAUUUUGGGGGGGGGGGGGGGGGAGUCAAAAUAGAUGGUAUUUUAUUUUUUUGCUUCUUGUAUUACCAGCCCUUUAGGACUCUCAUACCUUACCUUCCCAGUCCAAACACUGUUAACAUCCUCCAUUUCCAUUUGAUUACAACCUGCUAGAUGUAUGGGUUGCACACUUGCCCGCCUAUCCCACCCUUUAGUGCAUUGUUCAGUGGGUAUAUAGAGUGCCACUUUUACGUCAAGGCACCUAGUGUAAGGGGCUCAGCACGUUAGCAGCAGUAUCCCAGAGACGGAAUCUCUGUUCUCCCAAUCUUGUAUACCGGCUGCCUGAAGCCAGGACCCUCAACCCUUUGUGCUCCCCUUUACAGAGGGGGCCCCACUGUCUUUGGUUCAAAACUGUCCCUUCUUGGCAUGUUUUCUGGACUACAUGCACAUAGGCAGCUAUUAAUUAAUCUGUGAAACCCAAUCACUUACCUACCCAUAACAUCUGGGAGGGAGCUAGUAUUUGUUUUAAAGAAACAUUGUAUCUUCAGGAGGGAAAUUUCUGUCUGGACUUUAAGGGGGAUGUAGUUACCCCCACAGUUCUUUACCUCUCAGCUUUUAAUAAAAGAUGAAAUCAGAUCCUGAUGUAGUUGGGUCACAGUUCUCUAGACUGCUUACACGCAGGGGCAUAUCUUGUCUUAGCAAUGACUUCCAGUUUAGCUGUGGAGUUUCUUUGAGGCUAACUCACAGAAUGUCUUACUGAAGACUGUAAGGAUGGUUGAUACAACUUGUUUUGACAAUUAAUCAUUCAAAACACCUUUCCACCCUCUGGAAUUUAAAUUUCUUUCUCUAGUUCAGUCCUGGAAGUUGGUACCUUUGGGCGAAGCUUAGAUUUAGGAGACCUGAGUCCUUGUUCAGAUGGUCUUUGCUUAUUAGCUUCUGUCUGCAGCCCUAGCAGUCCAAUAUUGUAUGUCAUGGAUACCCAAUGGAAAAUAUUAGAUGAAACACAUUUCCCAGGGUACUUAAACUCUCACUCUGCCACCUUUCUAAGGGUGGGAGGCUGGCAGAGAUGCUGCAACGCUUGAUAAUCAUUUGGUCACAUUGAAACUUCCAAAGGGCACUCUUGCUGGUGCUUGAAACCAAAAUUCCUGGACACUUAAAACUUAGAGAAUUUCAUGAAUCUAGCACAGAAUAUCUGUUCUUGUAAACCCUUUCCUCUCCAUCUUUAUCUUUUUGGGAAAAAAAAAAAAAAAAAAUCAGCCCAGGCCAAGGGUAAUUUUUACGGGAAACCAGGGGACUAGGGGAUGAACACUAGUGUGGAGCUGAGGGGUGAGUUGUGUGAGCUGUCCUGCUCCUACUUUGUCCAAAUCAGAGUCCCGCACGCCAGUGCCUUUCCUUCACCUGCAGUUGGGGCCCAUCGCUUUCCACCUGGGUGAGGAGACCCUCUGCAACCCCAGGGGAAAACCUUAAAGAAGGUGUCUUGAAGAGCCCAGAGGACACUCACAUAUUCAGAUGUCCAUUUUAAGCAUCUUUAAAAUAUUUUUAAAAAAGAAAUAAGCCCUUCCCUGUCAAGUGCCACCAAUGGCCCAGUUCAAUCCAUUCUGAAUGGAAAAGUGGAGACUACCAGCACUUUCCUUGGCCUUUUCUUUUUCUCCCUUCAUGUGUUGUUCCCUCACCCCUGCUGUCCAUUUCACUGUUGUGGGUGGAUAGCAGAGGGUACUGUGCGGUCCUUGAGGCAGUCCUGUGUGAUUCCAUGAUCAUUUGUUUUUUAAAACAUCCUUCCAAACCAGCAGGUGUUUGGAAAUUAGGGAAAAAACUAAAUUCUCACCAAUGGUUGCUGUUACAGUUAAAUCAAUAAAGAUCUUGAGUAUCAA